AUGGCUGAGGCGGUAGAUGCCAACGCCGCACUUUUGUUUUGGCAGAAGCUGGACCCCAGCCACGCUUGGUGGCUGUUCCUCGUGAUCUUCGUGAUCGUGAUUUGCAACGCCCUUUUAGGUGUGGUGAGGCUCUACAAGCUACUGAUCAAACGCCACCACAUCAGGAAGCUACGUGCAAUGCCCCCAUCACGGAGGCGUGACGUGGAAGUGGGUAUGAAUGAGGAAAAGCGGGUUCAGAAGAGAGUGAGGAGAGGAGAACGGAGAGGGCGGUGA